AUGUCCGCGAUGGUGCCCCAGCCGCACUACGUCGAGGAGAAGCUGCCCAGAGCAGAGCUGGAGCCGCCGAUGAAGCCGAUGGACAUGGCCAUGCCGGUGGCACAGCACCACCAACGGCCACCGCCGCCUAUGAAGGAGAGGCCGCCACCGCCGCUGCUGAUGCCGACGUGCCCAGCCCGGCUCCUGGAGCAGCCGGUGGCGGAGUAUGUGAUCCCGAUGGUGGAGAUCCCGUCGUGGCCGGCGCCGCCGGUGGGGCCGUGCAGGUGCCCGUGCUGCGCGCCCUGCUACUAG